CAGACUGGAUCACACACACACACACACACACACACACACACACACACACACACACACACACACACACACACACACUGCUGGUCUGCUCCAGCUGGAAAAGACAAACACUGGGACUGACCACUGAGUGACCACUGGGAGUGACCACUGGGGCUGACCCACCCUUUCAUGUGGUUUGACGGCAGCUGUUUCUGCUGCAGGAGCUGAAGUAAGGCUGACCUGUGGACAUGUUCAUGUUCAGAGCGCCGGCGCCGACAUGGUGAAGAGCUGAGGACGCAGAUCCACUCUGACAGCGCACCAACACACUCACUCUAAGUGCAUCCUGGUGCUCGAGCCUCGUGUGGACGUUUCCCUAGAGGAGGACCCAUUUGGAGGCCAUCAUGGCUGACAGGGUGAACACGUUACCGUUCUUCUACGGCAACAUCACCCGAGAAGAGGCGGAGGAAUACCUGCGGCAGGCGGGCAUGGGCACCGGCUUGUACCUGCUACGGCAGAGCAGGAACUACUUAGGAGGCUUCGCGUUGUCGGUGUCUUUUUCAGGGCGCUGCUACCACUACACCAUCGAGAGAGAACCCAGCGAGACGUUCGCUAUCGCCGGAGGGAAGAGCCACGGGAGCCCUCAGGAUGUGAUCGACUACCACUCCCAGGAGAUGGACGGUCUGGUGUGUCUGCUGAAGAAACCCUGCAACAGGCCCAAGAACAUGCAGCCCAAGGUGGGGCCGUUCGAGGACCUGAAGGAGAAGCUGAUCCGAGAGUACGUCAAGCAGACGUGGAACCUGCAGGGCGCUGCUCUGGAACAGGCCAUCAUCAGCCAGAGGCCUCAGCUGGAGAAGCUCAUCGCCACCACAGCUCAUGAAAAAAUGCCCUGGUUUCACGGAGCCAUAAAUCGAGAAGACUCUGAGCCACGGCUUCAGAACGGCUCCAGGACAAAUGGAAAGUUUCUGAUCCGACAGAGGGACGUGAACGGAUCCUACGCCCUGUGUUUAUUACACGAAGGACAAGUCAUGCACUAUCGCAUCGACAGGGACCGCUCCGGAAAACUGUCCAUCCCAGACGGGAAGAAGUUUGACACUCUGUGGCAGCUGGUGGAGCACUACUCGUACAAACCCGACGGUCUGCUCCGAGUGUUAACCGAACCCUGUCCACGACCUGACGGAGAAACAGGGAUUAUCGGACGGCCGCUGCUCCCACGGGACCACCCUGGACUGAGUACUCUGCAACAUGCAGCAGGUGGAUUACUCACCAAACUCAAAACUGUCCCCCUACCCGGCCGAAAAAAGAGCCGCGAAUCUCGACACACCACAGAGAACCUCAACCCUUAUGAAACCAGGGUGGCGACGUAUUCAUCAGGUAAAGAGGCCAUGCCCAUGGACACAGAGGUAUACGAAAGCCCCUACGCAGACCCAGAUGAACUGAGGAGCACCACAGUGGACCGCAGCCAGCUGUUCCUGGAGGACGGAGAACUGGGAUCUGGCAACUUUGGAACAGUCAUGAAGGGCGUCUACAAGAUGAGGAAGUCGGAGAAGACGGUGGCGGUUAAAAUCCUUAAGAAUGACGAUAACAACGCGUCAGUACGUGAAGAAAUGCUGCGAGAAGCCAACGUCAUGCAGCAGCUGGACAACCCGUACAUCGUCCGCAUGAUCGGUAUCUGCGAGGCCGAGAACCUGAUGCUGGUCAUGGAACUGGCGGAGCUCGGACCGCUGCACAAGUUCCUGCAGAAAAACAAGCAGACCAGCAUCAAGAACAUCACAGAGCUGGUGCACCAGGUGUCCAUGGGCAUGAAGUACCUGGAGGAGCAUAACUUCGUCCACAGGGACCUGGCUGCCAGGAACGUGCUGCUGGUGACGCAGCAUUACGCCAAGAUCAGUGACUUCGGCCUGUCCAAAGCCGUCGCCGAAGAUCAGAACUACUACAAGGCCAAAGGUCAUGGGAAGUGGCCUGUCAAAUGGUACGCUCCUGAGUGCAUUAACUACUUCAGAUUUUCCUCUAAAAGUGACGUGUGGAGCUUCGGGGUGCUCAUGUGGGAGGCGUACUCCUACGGCCAGAAGCCAUACAAGGGAAUGAAAGGAAACGAUGUUCUUCAGAUGAUUGAAAGUGGUCAGCGGAUGGACUCUCCGCUCAACUGUCCUCCAGAGAUGUACGAGCUCAUGAGAACCUGCUGGACGUACAAAGCCGACGAGAGGCCCGCUUUCACCGUGGUGGAACCCAGACUGCGAGAGUACUAUUACGACAUAUCGCAAUGAGUUUUCAACGUGGAUGUUUUGAGACUAUGCAAACUGAAAACAGCUUUGAGAAGAAGAUGAUUAUGAAUUAAAAGUCACUGAAAAAUACUGCUGUCUAAAACUGGGGGAUUUAUUGAACAAGGACCAGAAUUAUGCAAAGGACUUUAUUUUAUUACUUUUCUUUAGUGAAUGUAAACAUGAAAAACCAGGUAAUACUUCAGACGAUAAACAAAGCUUUCUGUUACAGUUCAACUACGAUGCAAGUUUUUUUUAAAUGUAUGUAUUAAAAUGACACCAGGGCCAAAAGUAUCUGCAAUAAUCCACCUUUAAAUGAGGAAGUUCAUUAUUGUUACAGAUCAGAUUUGUCCAUCUUUAAGUGAUGUUCUGCUGGUUUCACUUUGACAGUAAUGCGUCAUGUGCUUCCUUUUUGUGAAUAAACUGCAUCAUUGUGACUGAA